AGUGGUGCCAGAAGAAUAGCAUGAUGGGAUAUGAAAGUCCUCCGGCGGCGCGUUGCCGCCAUGUCACCUAGAGAGAAACAUUUAGUUCUUCUCUCUGUUUUAGUCAUAGUUAGUAUUACGCUAUAUUACAUUCCUACUUUCUUUUACGCGACUUUAAUUCUUGCCGUUUGUUGUAUUGUGUGUUACUAUCAUAGCGGAGAACCGCUUCCCGCCAGGUUAGGCCUUAAUCCGCGGCCUGGGUUGAACGUCCCUGCCGUAGUCCGCCGCUGGUUGUUAAGUUGGGGUUUGACCGGCGUGUCGGCAAACACUCGAGUCAGAACGAAGAUUAGCAACAACAGAACCGAAUUCCGGGCAACAGAGGGACACUUCAGGCAACCACUUACUGAAACCGGGAUUUUUCGUCCGCAAGCCUUGGCAAGUGACUCGUUUCUUUUCAGCCCUCGGGAUAUCCUCAUGGGGAGUUACAUCGGGAAAAGCGAAAGUCCGAGUACGGACUAUGGGAGGCCAAGAGCGGGGAGAAACCCUCGAGAGCAGCUCCGGGAAAAACUGUCCAGACCCAACCAUGCGGUGUUUACCCCCAACAGGAGGCUGUCAUUUGCUGGGGAGCCUUUGGGCACAGUGAGCAGGUUCACUAUCACCCCUCAGCGACACUAUCCCUUGCAGCAGCCAGGUGUCUCAUCAGUGGGAGUCCUACCGCCUGUCAAAUGGGAUGGAUUCAGGAAGAAGAACAUCCUCAGCCCUCGUAACUCUCCUUGUGUUCUUAGCCCUGUAACUGUGAAGAUCGCCAGGCCCGACCACAGCACCCCAAGUUUGGAUCACCUCAGUUGUCCAGUUCUCCCCAGGGCCCCUGUAGACCCCUGCUCCAGAGAAAGUGUCCUUAGAGUACUGAAGGAAAGCCGCAAGAGAGAGGUUGAAGAAGAGGAUAGGAGCUUUGCAACUGAGCAGAGAAGCAAAAGAAGGCGUAAUGACAGUGGUGGAAGUGCACACUCUGCUUUUGAACCUCUUUUGCCCAAUGGAACUCCGUCACAACUGGUUCCUAAGCCAGGAAGCCUGAAAAGAGGCAUUACCUCACUGGCAGAGGAGUCUACCAUGAAGAGGUCUCGCACCUCCUCCAUCAGCUCUGGCAGUGGGGUCCAUGCUCCUAGAGGAACCCCAGGCACAAAGAGAAACCCAAUCCAUAGCUCCUUAAGCUCAUCACUAGGCUUUAGCCAGUGGAAGAAACCAUCAGCACCAAGUCCCCCCCUGUCCAGCCCAGGGUCGUCUCGCUCUCAGACUCCAGAGGGAGUAACAAAAAGACUGAGAGAGGAUGAUGGACAGUCGCCCAGCUCAGCAUCCUCGGUGAGAUCAGACCAUACGGCCUCUGACAAGGCACCUGUUACUUCUAAACUGACUCCAGUUCCCAAGGUUCCCGUAGCUACUUUAAGAGAUUCAACUGAUAGUGGAGGAAAAAGGAAACGGAAGAUCCAGCUGGUGUCAAACCACAGGGACGAUCUCAUAACUCUACCCCCACCUCCAGAGCUGGGGUAUACCAUAACUGUGAAGGAUUUAGAUGAAGAGAAAAAGGCUGCUAUCAGCAAGAUUCAGAAAGUCCUGGAGACACCUGCCCCAGAGCCAGAGAAAACUCCCUCCUCCCAAGCCACAUCUUCCACCCUCCCUACCUCCUUGGCCAUCUCUACAACCACCACCCUGAGCAGCCUUUUGGCAUCUCCCUUGCCGACAGACACCACCUCUGCUAUCCCAGUCAUUAACUUGGAUCCCAGCCCAGCUAGCAGUAAGAGUAUAGCUCCUCCUGCCUCCAACCCACUGCUGGAGGCUCUGAAAAUGAAGACAGUUGUUUCUGCUACUUCUACAUCUCCUGCUAGCACAACUAAAGCAUCUGUAUCAACUACGCCAAUUCAUCCCAUUAGCUUAAAUCUGAAGACUUCAUCUACAGCAGAUGCUCUACAGCUUCCCUCUGCAUCUCAACCUCAGUCUUCCACUGCUGGUUUGGAGCAGCCCUCUGCCUUUACUCAGGUUUUGAGUCAGAUCAACAAAGCUCCUAGCACCACCCAACCUGCAGCAGUAGGAAGCCUGUUUGGCCUGGCCAGCCAGAUCAGCACGCCCUCUGCUUCUGCAUCCUCCAACACCGUUAGCGCUGCUACUGCAACAACCAGCAGCACUGAGGCUGUCAGUAACACAAACCCUCUUUUGCCUUCGGGGUUCAAACCUAUCUUUGCCGAAACCACUGCUUCAGCUACAACAACUCUGAGCAAUCAACCUGUCCAAAAUUUCAAGCCCAUAUUUGGAGGCAUCAGUACAGGUGCUAGCUUUGGAGAGCCUCCAUCUCUCACCACCACCACCACCACCACCAACUCAACUUCUGUAGUUUCUUCAAGUUCUACAUCAGUAUUUGGUGGCUCUACAAGUAGCACAACAGUUACUCAAGGUGCCUUUCCUGGCUUGAGCACCACCUCCACUGGCACAGCCUCCACUGGUUCCAACGCUACCGCACAGUCUACAGCACAGCCGGAUAUGAAAUCCAUUUUUGGAAACUGGUCGACAUCAGCCGCAACUAGUACAAGCUCAGCCUCAGCUCAGGCACCUAAUGCAGGGAGCACGUUUCAGUUUGGAGCUGUUACCACCACUUCUUUAGGUGCACCUGCCCUUGCACCUGCUUCUACCACAACCUCCACGAACAGCACCUUCUCAUUUGGUGUAACACAGCCAACACUUCAAGAAAGCAGUCAAAAGGGUUUCUCCUUUGGCCAGGCAGCAUCUAGCCAGAACACAACCAUGGCUUCAUUUGGAGGUUUUGGCUUGGCCAACACUGCCUCAACCACACUUGCUACCACAACCCAAUCCAAUUUUGUAUUUGGUAAGCCAUCAUUUGAAGCACCUGCUGCACAGUCAACCUUUGCCCCCUCAGCUGCGCAGCCAAAGCCCUUCAAUUUUGGAAGUGGAGCCUCAUCCACACCUACAUCUAACUCGACCCCAGCUCCGUUUACUUUCGGGUCGGCUCCUGCAACAACAGCCACCACCUUUGAGACCCCAGCUAAACCUGCAUUUGGAUCUAGUUCCACGGGUUUUGCUUUUGGUGGAACUACUGCUCCCUCAGCUGCACCAAGCUUUGGUGCAGCAACUCAGACUCAGAGCUCCUCUGCUUUUAACUUUGGUGGUGCUGCUCCUCAGCCAGUUGCAUCUGGACCUGCACAGCCAGCAACUGGUGGAUUUAACUUUGGUGCUGGUAUGCCAUGCCCUCAGUUUGGAACACCAGUGUCUAGUAACCCUGCACCGCAGAUGGGAAGCUUCAACUUUGGAGCUGCUGCUACUGACAAACCAGCAUUUGGAACGUCUACCCCAUCCUUUGGCCAGAGUGCACCUGCAGGUCCAAUUCCCUUUGGAAGUCCUGGAACUCCAGUCCAAGGUUUUAACCAAGGUGUUCCAUUUGGGUCUCCAGCAACUCCAUCAUUUUCUAUUGGAGCUGGAUCAAAGCCAUCUGGAGCACGUCAGCGGCUGCAGACACGGAGGCAACACAACAGGAAGAAGUAACAUAUAUGUUCAGCACCAAUUUCACAAGACUUCAGCUGCUGCUGCUUUGUUGCUAUGUUGUAAGCUCAACAGCCCCCAAAAGGGCUGCCACCAUGCCCUUGGUUUCCUAACCCCCUCUUGAAUGGGUGUGCCACCUUAAAACAAUGUUUCGAGAGGAGAGCACAACCUGCUUGCUAAGUUCAUGUUGCCUGGAUGACUACAUGACCCAGUGAGGGAACAUUGCAAUGAAGAAAUGGAAUCCAGAACAAUGUACUAUACUUGAAAAGUGAGACAGUGGACUAGUUAAUUUUUUUUAAGCAUAUCCAAAGUUCUUUUUCCUUUUACAGUAAGUGGACACUCCAGUUGGUUUGUCUUGAGGAGGAUGUUAAGUCUCGCAAAGACAUAGAUCCUUGGCUGAAACAUUUAUUUUUUUAAGUAAAUCAUUCACUUCUUUGUAUGUUACGGAAUAUUUGAGUACAUUCUGAAUAUAGUGAAAUCAGACAAGGUACACAACGCUGCCGUGCAUAUGGAAAUUGAUAGAACGUUUGCAUUUUAAAUUAUUUUUUUAAUUGGCUAUUUCACCCUGUGAACAAAUGUUGUCUCUGUGCUUAAGGGCAACAUUUGUAAAUGUCUUAAUUAAGUUGGUGCAGACCUUUGUAUUGUUUCAUACUUUUUUUGUCAUUGCAAACAUUCCUAGAGUUGUCGUGUGGAUGGGCUUUUUUGACAGUGACUGCCAACAGUCAUGUGAUUAGCACGUGUAUGAUUAGGAUGACUACUUCUGAAAAGUGCUGACAAACCAAGCUUUAGACAUGUGAAAAGCAUCUAUGAUUCUUCACAUAUUUGAACCAUGAGAUGUUUGUUUGUGCCAGACUACCUCUCUUUACCUCAGAGCACUGAGUCUUUGUUACUUCACUGAAAUAUAACAAUUAAGAGAAGAUUCACUUCAAUUACAGGUAUUCCUUAAAGAUAGAGAAAACUUUAAGACAUCUGCACAGCAAAACAUUAUUCCCAAUUGAAAUUUUUCUAAUAAAUAAUUUUCAUUAAAUAUAUAAUUACUAAAAAUAUCUGUUAAUGUAUUGAAAAUGGAGACUCCAGUUAUGGAAACAUUUAUUUUCUGUUCCUUUUUCUGUUUUCUUUUUUACACCAUGACUUAAGCCUUUCUGUCAGGGAAGUGUGAUGGUCAGUUAUUUCAUCAAAACUCAUUUCUGAUUUCAGUAGUUAUCAAUUGUACAAAAUGAGAAAUGUCUGAUGCUGUUUUUUAUGGUUUUAAAUUAAUAAAUAGAUGGAUGUGAAUGUUGUAAAAAAUA